AUGAGCCAUUGGAAGCUUUUUCUCGCUUUAAUCAUUCUACAUGCUCAUGGAGAUCAUAUCUUCACAGGAGCUGUUGUUUUUCGUGAGUACAUAGGAGCUAACUUUGAAAAUGUUCGAUUUUCCGAUGUACCCAUAAACCCUAAUAUCCAGGUCCAUUUCAUCCUCUCUUUUGCCAUUGAUUACACCCUUGGAUCCUCCCCCACACCGACCAACGGAAAGUUUAAUAUCUUCUGGGAUUCCGACAAUCUCAGCCCCUCUCAGGUUCUUUCAAUCAAACGCCAACAUUCGAAUGUUAAAGUUGCGUUAAGCAUUGGAGGGGACAGUGUUGGAAGUCGUUCUGUUAAUUUCACUGCUUUCUCGAUAGAUUCAUGGGUAUCUAACGCUGUUUCUUCCCUCACUCGUGUUAUAAAACAGUAUCAUUUAGAUGGAAUCGAUAUCGAUUAUGAGCAUUUCGAUGCUACACCUACCAUCUUCGCACAGUGCAUAGGACGACUUGUGACGACUCUAAAAAACAAUCGAGUCAUUUCAUUUGCUUCAAUUGCUCCAUUCGAUGAUGGCGAAGUUCAGAGGCAUUACUUAGCUCUAUGGAGGAGUUAUGCACGUGUUUUCGACUACGUCAAUUUCCAGUUUUAUGCUUACGACAGAGGCACCACUGUGGCUCAGUUUCUGAGGUUCUUUGAUGCGCAGGCGUCUAAUUAUGAUGGUCGUAAGUUGUUAGUCAGCUUUAGCACUGAUUCGAGUGGCGGCUUAAAACCAGACAAGGGGUUCUUUACGGCGUGCCAGAAUCUUAAGAGUAAGGGAAAACUGAACGGCAUCUUUGUUUGGUCUGCAGAUGACUCGAAAGCCAGUGGAUUCAGGUUCGAGAGACAAUCACAAGCAUUGUUAGCAAAAUCUUAUAAGUAG